UGAGGACAUCACACAGUAUAGUCCAGACGAAAACCCAGGAAACUUGAGAACGUCCAUGGCAUCCAAAAAGCGCCCCUGUAGGUCAAAAGCGGUUUUAGAUCGGCUUGAAAACAGCGAUAGUGAAUUACAAUCAUUUGAAGAAUUGAGCGAUAGUGAUUCGUGGGGAAAUUCAUCAUCAGACGAUGAAAGUGACGACAGAAACGAUUCUGCGACUGAGCUCAAUGAUGUGCAAACUUGGUGCUCUAUUGACUGUGGUACGGAUCAUGCAGCGCCCCCAAGAUUCCCAUUUACUGGAGUAUCUGGUAUGAAAGUAGACGUUGAAGAUGACAACCCCUUGGCAUACUUACAACUAUUUCUGACCGAUGAGGUUAUUGAAAAAAUAGUUACUGAAACAAACCGAUACCAAGAGCAACAAUCGUCUCCUACGCAUCAGAAGUUUCCAAGAGGCAGGAAGUGGGAACCAGUGACCAAAGAUGACAUUUGGAAAUUUCUGGGCCUAAUAAUACUUCAGGGAGUGGUGGGGAAACCCCUCCAGAAAUGGUAUUGGACAACUAAUAAAUUACUUGCCACUCCAUUUUUUGGCACGGUCAUGUCAGAGUACAGAUUUUCCCUGAUCAUGAAAUAUUUACACUUUGAAAACAAUGAAGAAUUUGAUGAAACUACUCAUCCUGCACCAAAACUCAAGAAAAUUUGGGAAGUAUCUCAAAUGAUUCUAAAGAAUUUUCAACAGAGUUAUGUGCCAGAAAGAGAUAUCAGCAUAGAUGAAAAUCUAAUGGCCUACAAGGAAAGGCACAGCUGGGUACAAUACAUUGCAUCAAAGAGAGCACACUUUGGUGUAAAAUCCUACAUGCUAUGCGAAUCGUCAACUGGCUACAUUUGGAAUUCAGUCCUAUACACUGGGAAAGGAAGAAAAUUCAAUCCAAAAUACAGCAGCUAUGGAAUAGCAACAUCUUCCGUUCUUUCACUCAUUGAGCCAUUGCUAAAUCAGGGCUAUUGUGUAACAACGCACAACUUCUAUACGUCUCCUGAACUUUAUGAGUUUCUUCUACAAAACAAAACUGAUGCCUAUGGAACCGCUAGGGCUAACUGGCGCAACAUGCCGCCAAUGUUUGGCAAUAAGAAGCUGAAGAAUGGAGAAAUGGUUGCCUGGCAGAAAGGCAAAAUGAUGGCACUGCGAUGGCGUGACAGGAAAGAUGUGUGCCUAUUGAGUACAGUUCAUAAUACCUCCACUGCUAUGGUACGCACAAAAGGUGGGAAAAAAAUCAUGAAGCCGCAAGUACUGAUAGACUACAAUAACACCAUGGGAGGUGUUGACAGAGCCGACCAAGGCCAAGCAAUGACAUUCUACCCAGCAAUGAGGGAACAGCAAAAGAAGUACUACAAGAAGAUCUUCAGGCAUCUUCUUGAGCAAUGCUUGUGGAAUGCCUUCAUUCUGCUCAAAAAAAAGAGCGACAAGCCUGUGAUUCAUGCUGACUUCAUUUGGAAAGUUACCGAACGGAUCUUUGUAAACCACCAAACACCAUCAAUGGCUGUGAAUAGAGCUGGACGUCGUGCAGUUGGCGUUGUCAAUCCAGAACGUCUGACUGGUCGUCACUUCAUGGACUACAUCCCACCAACCGAGAAAAAGUCAGCACCUACAAGGAUGUGCGUGGUUUGUUGCUCGAAGCGAGAUGGCAGUGGAAAGAAAAUCAGAAAGGAAACCAGGUUCCAUUGUCCUGAUUGUGACGUCGGACUUUGUGCAGUCCCGUGUUUCAAAAUUUAUCACACCCGGGAUGUUUACUAAACUAAUAUGCAGUGUCUAGUAUUACAGUGACUAGUAAUAUUGCACCCUACAAAUUUUAUUGUUUUUUACUUGAUUACAUUAUUGAAUAAAAUGUAUUAUUAUAAUUA